UUUACACUGUAUUGUUAUUGCCUUAUUAAUCUUAAGUUUGGCCAAAAUGUUCUGCAUAUAUAGUGGCUUUUGUCAUUCUCCUUUGUUCAAACACUAUCAUGCUGAAGCAAACAUUAUCAUAACACUGUACACCUGUGAUAAUGGUGCUGGCACUGUAUAUGGGUGAUAGUGAUACUGGACACUUGUCAUAAUGGUGCUGACACUCUACAUGAUAGUGACACUGUACACUUGUAAUAAUGAUGCUGAGACUGCACAUGGGUGAUAAUGGUAGUGAUACUGUACACAGGUGAUAAUGGUAGUGACACUGUGAAGAGGUGAUAAUGGUGGUAACUGCCCACAGAUUGAUUAUCUUCGUGGGAUGAGUGAGAGCGUCAAGAGGCUGGUGGAGGCUGGCCUGGUGUUUGGUGUCCAGCAAGACCAAGAUGACCUCCGCUACUCCAGGAUAACUUUACAAGAUGGUCAACUGUAUCUCCAUGUUCUCCAGCACCAGCCACCACCCACCCACGCCCACACUAUCCAGGUGAGCGAGGUGUUGGAGACGCUGGAUCACUCCUCCACUCUGGUAUUUCUUGACCUGGCCUGGCCUGGAUCACUGGCCCAGCCUGGAUCACUGACCCAGCCUGGAUCACUGCCCCAGCCUGGAUCACUGCCCCAGCCUGGAUCACUGACCCAGCCUGGAUCACUGGCUGGAUCAAACAGACUGCACAUCCAGCUGAGUGGUAACACUACACUGACCAGACAGUUUGUGUUGUUGUGUACUGGACAACACUCAGGCUCCUCCUACCUCAACACUAAACUGUUGAAGGUGAGGAACAAGGGUGAACCAUGGGAGCAUGUGUAUGGUGGAGACUACCAGUAUAAUAAUGGUAAGGGAGGAGCAGCACUGUUGUCUCACCAGGAUGAUCACCAGUACCAGAAGUCAGGCAGUGCUGGUGCUGUGUGGUCACCAUGGUGGCUGGGGAGUCACCAGAGUGCCCAGUUCAUCAUCAUCACCAGGGACCUCCCAGAUGGUCGCCAGUGGCCCCAUGUCUUUGGUAAAGUUGUGAAGGGUCUGGAUGUGGUGAGAGCAGCAGUCAACCACAGUGACAUUACUGAGGUGACUGUGGUGGACUGUGGUGUUGUGUUGACACUCUAGUUCACUGUACCAUCACUACUGUGUCACCAUCACUACUGUGGUGUUGUGUUG